AUGCAGCCCGACCCAAAAUCUCUGACAGCUUACCACUGCACGGACACCAACAUAGAGAACUGCAAGACCGUCGUGAACCUCACUGAGGUCAUGCCCAGUUUCGCAAAGAGCUGGUGGACAGAGGAUGACAAGAACGGGAAGGCACCUAAACUGGUGAUUCCUGAAGGUGGCUUCCCUGCUCAGGAAGAAACGAUCGUGCUGGGUUGCAACGUAAGAAGCAAGGUUUCUUCGAAGGGGCAGAAAGAGCAAGCGAACACAACCGCGACGUUGCCGACAUGCAGAGUGAAGGUGACACUCACUGCUCAGCCCGCAGCCUCACACGCCCCGACGCCUUCGUGCCUCGGAUUGAUUGCGGUGGUUUUCACUCCCUUUGUUUCUUUCGGUGCAUACUGA